CUCUCUCUGAGUCUCAUUGUCACCACCGCCCAUGGCCGCCGUGGCCCACCGCGCCAACCCACUCUUCAGCCGCCUCCCUCAUUUCCUCACAUGGCGAUCCCUCGGCUUCCGCACCAUCUGCAGCGGCCGCAUGGGCUUCUCCUCCCGCGCCCGACCCGAACCCGAACCCGAAACCCCUACUCUCCCCGGAACCAAGCUCCUCGAGACCUUCACCGAGCAAUUCGAGAUCGGAUCACGCUUGAUCACUCUGGAAACCGGAAAGAUCGCCCGCUUCGCUAACGGCGCCGUCGUCUUGGGCGUCGACGAGACCCGAGUCCUCUCCACCGUCUGCUCCGCUAACGGUGGCGCCGUUAAAGACUUUCUACCCCUCACCGUUGAUUAUCAAGAGAAGCAGUUUGCACAAGGUGUUAUACCAAACACAUUCAUGAGGAGGGAGGGUGCGCCGAAAGAGCGUGAGCUCUUGUGUGGUCGUUUGAUUGAUCGGCCGAUUCGUCCUUUGUUUCCUGCAGGAUUUUUCCAUGAGGUUCAGGUUACAGCGAGUAUUCUUUCUUCUGAUGGGAAGCAAGAUCCAGAUGUACUGGCAGCUAAUGCUGCGUCUGCUGCGCUUAUGUUAUCAGACAUUCCAUGGGCAGGCCCCAUUGGAAUGAUUCGCAUCGGGAGGAUUGAGGGGAAAUUUAUUGUUAACCCAACUAUGGACGAGCUCAGCUUAAGUGAUCUCAACUUAGUGUAUGCCUGUACAAGGGACAAAACAUUAAUGAUUGAUGUGCAAGCUAGGGAGAUUUCAGAAAGAGAUCUAGAAGCUGGGUUGAGAUUGGCUCAUCCUGAAGCAGUUAAAUAUCUUGAACCUCAAAUCAGACUGGCCGCUAAAGCUGGCAAGCAUAAAAAGGAAUAUAAAUUGUCACUGAUGCCAGAGAGAACUUUGGAGAAAGUUGCUCAAUUGGCAGAAGCUCCCAUAGAAGAAGUUUUUACUGAUCCUAAGUAUGGAAAGUUUGAACGGGGAGAAGCGUUGGAGAAUAUUACGCAAGAUGUGAGAAAAGCACUUGAAGAAGAGUGUGAUGAAGAAAGCUUGAGACUCUUACCAAAAGCAGUAGACACAGUGAGGAAAAAGGUUGUCCGUAAAAGAAUAAUAGCAGAAGGAUCAAGGCUUGAUGGGAGGAGACUGGAUGAAGUUAGGCCUGUGUACUGUGAAUCUGGUAAUUUGCCUAGGCUGCAUGGAUCGUCACUUUUUUCUCGUGGAGACACACAGGUACUCUGUACCGUAACACUUGGGGCGCCUGGUGAUGCACAACGCUUGGAAUCUGUGGUUGGCCCCCCAUCAAAGCGCUUCAUGCUUCAUUACAGUUUCCCCCCAUUCUGUAUAAAUGAGGUCGGUAAACAUGGUGGCUUGAACAGGCGUGAAGUUGGUCAUGGAACUCUGGCGGAAAAAGCGCUGCUUGCUGUGUUACCUCCUGAAGAUGAGUUUCCAUACACUGUCCGUAUCAAUUCUGAAGUAAUGUCUUCUGAUGGCUCAACAUCUAUGGCCUCUGUCUGUGGAGGCAGUAUGGCUUUGAUGGAUGCUGGCAUUCCGCUGCGCAAACAUGUAGCUGGUGUCUCUGUAGGUCUUGUUAGUGAAGUUGAUCAAUCAACAGGCACAAUACGGGAAUACCGUAUAUUGACUGACAUUCUGGGUCUGGAAGAUCAUUUGGGGGACAUGGACUUCAAAAUUGUUGGCACAGAAGAUGGAAUCACAGCAAUUCAGUUGGAUAUAAAACCUGCUGGCAUUCCUUUAGAUAUUGUUUGUGAAAGCUUGGAGGCUGCACGUAAAGGUCGUAUUCAAAUUCUUGAUCACAUGGAGAGAGAGAUCAGUGCACCGCGUACUCAAGAUGAUAGAAAUUCUCCUCGAUUAGCCACCUUAAAGUAUAGCAAUGAUUCACUUCGCCGCUUGCUUGGGCCUAUGGGUGCUCUUAAAAGGAAAAUAGAAGACGAAACAGGUACACGGAUGUCUGUAAGUGAUGGAAUACUCACCAUAGUUGCUAAGAACCAAUCUUCAAUGGACAAAGUAGUUGAAAAGGUUGAUUUUAUACUUGGACGUGAAAUUGAAAUUGGCGGGGUUUAUAAAGGGACCGUGGCUUCAAUCAAAGAGUAUGGUGCAUUUGUGGAGUUUAAUGGUGGGCAAGCAGGCCUCUUACACAUUUCUGAGUUGUCACAUGAACCGGUGUCACGAAUUUCAGAUGUAGUAUCAGUUGGUCAGCAGCUCUCUUUGAGGUGCAUAGGCCAGGAUAUACGCGGUAACAUUAAGUUGUCCCUAAAAGCUACAUUACCUCAACCACAAUCUCAGGCAAAUGAUCUAGCUGUUAGUGUUCCAUCUCUGAAACAAGCUCCUAGUGUUUGGGCUGCUGGUGGAGAUGUGUCUAAGGGUGAAGAAAAGCAUAGCCCUUUGUCUGAAGAAUUGCCAGUGAGCAAAUAUGAAGUAAAUGGUGUGAAAUCAUCUACUUCCUCGAGUUCACCAGUUCUAGUCAGAAGUGUUGAAGAGUGUGACGAGGAGGAAAGAUCUACUGGUUUUCUUCAAAAAUCUAAAACUACUGCAAAACCCAUUGGUGGUCGGAAACCAGAGCACAAGACAGUUCAAACUACUCCGAAGACAUCAAAAUCUAUCUCAAGAAAGAAAGGAGAUAAAGAUGAUGUGUCUAAGGAGGAAGAAAAGCAUAGCUCUUUUUCUGAAGAAUUGCAAGUGAGCAAAUAUGAAGCAAAUGGUAUGAAAUCAUCUACUUGCUCGAGUUCACGAGUUCUAGUCAGAAGUGUUGAAGAGUGUGACGAGGAGGAAAGAUCUACUGGUUUUAUUCAAAAAUCUAAACCUACUGCAAAACCCAUUGGUGGUUGGAAACCAGAGCGCAAGACAGUUCAAACUACUCCGGAGACAUCAAAAUCAAUCUCAAGAAAGAAAGGAGAUAAAUAUGAGAAGGAACAAAAUAUUGCAUCCCAAACCCACUCUAGUAAUGAUUUGAGUAACAAGGAAGAACUUGUAACUGCAAAAAGUCUUAAGCUAGGAACAAAGGUUACUGCCAAGGUUUAUCAGGUGCGCACAGGUGGCCUGGUGCUUGAUCUGGGUGGGGGACUUCGAGGAAUGUAUCGGUUCAAGGCUAAUGCUAAGGACUUUGAUAUCAAUGAUGAGUUACGAGUUGAGUGCGUUAGUUUCUCUAGCAAGGGGAUUCCUGUAAUGUCUUUGGUGGAUGAUGAAUGGCAUUGUAUAAGCCAUUCUGUUACCCUUCCAAGUGGAAGAUGACUGCCAAGAUAAUUGCCUUGAAGAACUCUGAUGGCAGUAGCCGGAGUGAAUUCCGCUGAGUGCAGAAAGUUGAGCUUUUGAAUGUUUCGUAUAAGCCAGUUGGAAGUUUUCGGCAUGAUUGAGUACAUAUUGGGCAUGGUAAUUCCCAAUCUGAGAUCUUGAGAUCAGGAGUAGCUGUGUGUUUUAACAGUCACACCACAAUUUUCCGAAGUUGACAUCAAUCUCUCGGUUACUUCGGUGCCAUUUUGACAUGUUACCAUUUUGUAAAUUAUGAUCUCUACUUUUAUUGAUGUAUAAAUAGGGGUUAGAUGCCUGCCUUUACCGUAAACUCUUAAGGCUAUUUUGGGGUACAAAUAAGGAUACCAAUGC